UUCCGCCAAAUAAGAAUUUGAGAUUGCACAAAUUAGAAUCAAAGAGAAAGGGAGGGAAACACUGUUCAUGGCACCUUCCUUCUGUAUACUCUAUAACAUAUUAUCCAGAGAUUAGUAGUGAAAAUUGACGGGAGAGAGGGAAGGAAGAUAGCACCGAUGGAGAUGAAAAGCCCACCUCCAUGUCCAAACACCGUCACCGUCCGUCGAAAUCCUCCACGGAGGGCUAGGCCUACUCCUUCCACAAACCCGCCACAGAACCUCAUCCCUUCAUCGUCAACAAAACCAGAUGUUACUCCAUUUCCGAUUCAAGAAAUUCUCGCAAUGGAAAUUCCUCAGAAUACUCAACCAGAGCCACCUACUGCCACGACAACCCUAGCCCAAGUUUCUGAGAACCUAAAAGUCUAUCUAAGAAUUCGACCUCUUGUAUCUCCCAAGCCACUCUCCAAAGGCGUUAACGAUCAAAAUUUUAAGCAGAGGCACAAAAAUGCUUGGCCUCAAAACCCUGUAGCUAAGAAGAAUGCUAUAAGAGAGAAGAAUACGAAGAAAAAGAGUAGCGAGAUUUGUAUAUCAGUCAACGAUUCUCAAUCAGUGACUUUAUCGCCGCCCCAAGCCUUGCAAGACUCUAAAAGGAUCAAGGCUGUGGUAUACGAAGGUUUUUCACAUGUUUUUCCUGCCGAUGCUUCUCAGAAUGCAGUGUAUAAGAAGAUGGUGAAGCCUUUGGUGGAGGAUUUUCUUAAUGGUAAAAAUGGAAUGUUAGCUGCUUUGGGGCCUAGUGGUUCGGGCAAGACUCAUACGGUGUUUGGGACUGUGAGAGAGCCUGGGAUGGUUCCACUUGCACUUCAACAAAUUUUUAAACAGAACCAGGAGUGUGGCUCUAAGUUGACAAGGUCAUUCUACAUAUCCAUUUUUGAAAUAUAUUCUGAAGGAGGAAAGGCAGAGAGAAUAUUUGAUUUGUCUCCGGAAGGAGGUGACUUGUCCAUGCAGCAGUCAACUAUAAAAGGUCUCCAAGAGGUCGCCGUUACUGAUACUGCACAGGCGGAAUCCCUGAUAGCUUCCGCAAUGCUGAAACGUGCGACAGCCAUGACAAAUUCAAACAGCCAAUCAAGCCGGUCACAGUGCAUCAUCAACAUCCACAGUCUUGUUAACCAGUGCGGUGAAGAGCUAGAUGUUCAAUCAAACAAUUCUAUCUUAACUAUUGUUGAUCUAGCUGGGGCUGAAAGAGAAAGGAGAACUGGAAAUCAGGGUUCACGAUUGCUUGAAAGUAAUUUCAUCAACAACACAUCGAUGGUUUUUGGCCUGUGCCUAAGAUCAUUAUUGGAGCACCAAAAGAACCCCAAGAAGCCAUUGCAGAAGCACUUCCAGAACUCUUUGUUAACCAGAUAUUUGAGAGAUUAUUUGGAAGGCAAGAAGCGAAUGGCUUUGAUUUUAACGGUCAAACCAGGAGAAGAGGACUAUCUUGAUGCAGUUUACUUGUUGAGACAAGCUUCACCUUUUAUGAAAAUCAAGUUCAAUAAUGUUGAUGAGCAACCCAAUUUAGUUCAGCACAAGAGGCAUAUUCAAUCAUUAUCUAGAGUUGAAGAGCCCAGAAAAAAAAAGUACUGUGGCCCUGAAGCUCAUAUGGUUGAAGAAGGAAAAAGCAGCUGGGAUGAUCAUUCAAAUUUGGAGGAAGAUGUCGCAGGAGUCUCUAAAUUGGAGGCUGUUGAUAUUGCACCUAUCAAGCCAGAUGGCAAUGAUUUGACUAUAAAAAACAGGAACCAUCAAAUUAUGCAAAAUUUUGCUAGAGCAUUAUGGAAUGUCUUGAAGGAAUAUAAAGAAAAACUCAUGGUGGCAGAAAAGCAUAUUGAGAGUCUCCGCGAGAAUCUUAUAAAUGAAAAGACUAGAUAUACUGAGCUGGAAGAGAAACUUGAAGAUUUUAAGUCAUCUUGUACUUGUUCGAAGGAAAAUUUAGUGGAGGCCACCUUACUUAAAGUAGAUACUGAUGUUGAUGCUCCUAUGUAUUCGGAAAGAAAUAAAUGUGGUGAUGUCGAUGGGAUGCUUAAUACCAAAUUCAAGUGUGAUAACUCUCCUACAAUGUGCAACCUGGAUCCAGAUUUAUUUUCUGAGAUGAAUGCAAGUGCUCACUGUCCAGACUGUAGGGCGUCUGAAUGCAAUAGCUUCUGUGCAAAAUGUGACUUGAACCAAAGAUUGAAUAAAGAUAUAUUUUCUGAGGUGGAUGUGAAGAGUCAUUCUCCCAACCUCAACACAUCUGAAUGCACCAGUACUAGAUGUGACGAGGAAGUUACUAGUCAGAUGGAGGAAAAUGUUCAUUCUCUCAAUGUGGAGGAGUCUAUAUGUAGUAGCUCUCCAAGGCAGGAUCAGGAUAUUUCAUCUCAGAAACCAUUGGAUCCACCACCAUCACACAAAGAAGACGCAGCAGUCACCAAAGAAUGCAACCUUGAUGUGCCAGAUUGUGACAUAAGAUACAACUCCUCAUGCAAAUCAUUGAAUAUGAAGAAACCAAAGAGGAGACUUCAGCCUGCCUCAUCUAUAUUACUGAGGGAUUUCAGUGCUUUGGGGAUUGAAGAUGAGGGUGAGAAACCGAAAGGUAACAGAGGGGGAAAGAAAGCGGUUGCUGAUGAAAGAACCCAGGGAAACAUUUCUCUCCUACGUUUGCUUAAGAGCAAUCUUCGUAUCUAAGCAUGUAAUUAGUUUUUUUUCUCCCCUUUCCCAUGGGAAUGGGAGGCAUUUUUGUUUUUGUUUGGGCUUUUACGUUAUGAAUACUGCCUGUUAGAUAUUAAGUGAUAGAUUCUGUUGCUUUUGUCAUAAUUAAUUAGUAUUAUCGUUUAUUUUAUCAA